AUGACCCCCAAGAAGACCAAUGCUUUUUUUGGUGUCCCAAAGGAACCCAAGAAACCCAAACAACCUCCCCCGAAAAUGAAAACUUUCGUUGACGACAAAGAUUACGAUGAUCAUUCCCCUAGCGGUCAGGCUCGAAUCGAUAGAAACCGUCAAUACCAUCGCUUCAAGCAUAGCUCAGAGGUCGGGGUCGAUGACCGACCUGACCCGCGUGACAAGACUCGUCAGACCAAAGAGGACUUCAAAGAGAAGAUGAUAGCCGAGAAGCCUGAUGAUCGUGUUCCCAAUGCUGCCUUCUUCUUCUUUACGAAGGAAGACCACACAUUGGGUAGUCUUCUGGUUGGCCGCCUGCAGAAAUUACCUUUUGUAUUCUUUGCUGCCUACAAGAUUGCCCACCCUGUUGACCCCAGGGUAUUGAUGGAGCUACGUGUGCAGACUGAUGGCUCCAUCACCCCCCGCGAGGCUCUCCUGGCAGCCGCCCAGGCUUUGAAUGCGGACCUGGACACCCUCUCUCUUCGUCUUGCUCGAGAGGUUGCGCUUAAGAAAGCUGAAUAUGCGUCCAAUCAAAUGGACGACUUCGCUAAUUACGCCUCAGGAGUGGCUGCCGAUGAGAUGGUCACCAGGGGCAUCAAUCCUUUCAACGUGCUUAGACCGUUUCCUGAUUACGAUCUGCUCGAUGAACGCCGCAAAUGUCUCCUCAUGGAAAUUGUUGCUGCUAGCAAAUGGAUUAUCCAGGUCAACUCUCCCGCUGAAAAAGAUCCUCGCAGCGAGUUUAACCGCCAGGCUACUAUCAGCAAGCAUAUUAGCGCCGCUACCAGGGAGUUUAUGUGCGCCUAUUUUACCGAGAAGAUGAGCGACCCCGUGAACGUUGUAAUCGACAAGGAUAUUAUCCGCCAGGCUAUCCAUCGGGCUUUCGAUAUCGUUAUCGAGGACGCGAGCAGAGAUUGUGCCUCCAACGCUUCCAGCGAGGCCAGUAACAACAUCAAAAUUGCUGUUGACAAAGACGCUGUCGACCAGGACAUCCAUUAG